CUGCACUUCAAUGGCAUCUGAGUUGUUUCAUUUAAAAUUCACUGUGGUAAUGUACAGAAACAAAAUUUGAAAGAAUAUGUCUCUGUCCAAGUAUUUAUGAUCUUGACUGUAACUGAAACAAAGAUCUAAAAGCAGUUUUGCAGCAAACUUUGUGAAAACUAAUUUUUGUCACAUUUCCAAAACUUUUGGCCAUGACUGUACAGUUUGUUGUUGUGUUUAAACGGGAUUAGCAGGUCUACACACUCCAAGAGAACAGAGAAGAAUGAGACUGAAGCAAUAGUUCCGUUUAAGCAGAUAGGUUGAUGUAGUGCAGGGGAUUUUACUGCAUUUGCACACGAACCUGAGGUGGAUGCAGAAGAAAGGGUUAGAUGUGAGGGAAAUCUUGAGCACAGUUUUUUUACAUAACACAUUUGAAAAGCAAAUCUGACUCCAGUGUUUGUGUGUUUUUGUUUGCAUUCCUACUUGAUAUUUUUGAUAGUAUGGAUAGUUCUCGUUAGUCUGCUUAGGUUGACCUAUGCAUCCCAUUUCCAAUCCUCUUCCUGUGUGAUUUUUUUCUUUUCUUAUAAUCCCAAUUUUACUACAGUAUUUUAAAUUGUCUGUGUGUGCACUGGUAAGUUUUUAUUUUUAGUUAGCAUCUUGACAAGCAGUUUAAGUUGCAACAUCUUUGCCUGAAAAGUGCUGUACAAGUAAAGUUUGUAUGAUUUUUGUAUUUGAAAAGUUUUAAGUUGGGCAACAUUGCUGUUUGUGUUUUUGCUCCAGGUGUCCGAAGGUAUUUGGAAAAAAACAACUGAUGCAAAGACUAAUAAAAUAUAGCAUUUUGAUAAAUAAAACGUGGCACUAAAAUAGAAAACAUUUUUUUAAUGAAAAAAAAUAAAAUUGGUUGUAAUACACAAGGAUUUUGUCCUCUGAAUGUGAAGAGUUUGUUCCUUUUUCUCAUAUAUAGAUGAUAAAAGUUGAAAUACUUAAAAAAAAAAAAAAAACUCCACAAGUUCAUUUUAGAAUUUGCUGAAAAACGUUAAAAUGACUCCAACGUUCACUUUUGAAAUGAGGAUUUGUUAAAUUUUAAAUCUUUCUGGAACCUCUGAAUUGAAAGUUAAUCAAGUUUUGGGAAUUCUGUGUUUCUUCCUGGGGAAUAAGGUUAGAUCUCCUGUUUCCUUGACCUUAUGGUUUAAGUCCUCUUCCUGCAGGUUCAGAUUUCCAUCAUCAUUUGCAUUUACCGGUACUUUAUUCUGUGAGAGUGACUACAGUCAAACCACCAACUUUAAUUCACUCACCAUUCCCUCAGUGAUACAGAAGUCCUGGGCACACAGGAAAAGCAGAUACUUUUCAUUCUUUUAGACUUUUAACUUAUUAGGCAAAGUUAAGCAGAUUUGUGUGUCUGUAGCAGAAGUUUUCAUGCAAUGGGAGAAAGAAGACUUACAGAUUGGAACACUGAUCUCUUUGACUGCUUUGAGGAUGCCAGCACUUGUUGCUAUGGUUGCUGGUGUGGUCCUUGCCUUGCUUGUACAGUUUCAGGAAGAUUUGGAGAGCGCUAUUGUCUUCCCAUGUUAGAUAUUAGUACUACAGGGUCACAAAUUUUGCCGAUCCCUGCCUUCGUUCCUCCCGUUGCUGUCUCCAUGAGGGCUGCCAUGCGGAGCAGAUAUGGCAUUAAGGGCUCCAUCGCUGCUGACAUUGCUGCAUCUUAUUACUGUGCACCCUGCAGCUGGUGUCAGAUGCAUCGUGAAUUAAAGCAUCGAAAGAAAGCCCCAGUUGUGAUUAACGCGCAGCAGCCAUAUGUUAUCAACAUGCAGCCUCCAGCUAUGAUGAUGAUGCCCCCGGGUGCUAUGGCGCCCCAAGUUGCUAUGGCGCCCCCAGGUGCUAUGGCCCCCCCAGGUGCUUUGGCGCCCACUUUUAUGAGCCAACCACAGACCAUAAAGACUUCAAAGUAACAUUUUAAGUUGGAAUUUUUUUCAAAUCAUCUUCCAGAUUUAUUU